GAUGUCUUUUGGGCUAUAGUGGCUCCCCUUAAAAAGCCAUCAGGAGACUAUCCACCUGUUUACAUAUGCACGCCUCAGACAGAUGUUGAAUAAUUCAUCCACAGAGGCGGACAACAUGCAGCUGUAUUUGGGUUAUGGGGGUGCAUGGGUUCUCUCCCUGCCUCAAUUCGUGCAGCCCAAAUUAUAGGCAUCACUUUGCAGGCAGAACAGGGCAACGAAAAACUGGGACACUUUGCAUAAAGGAUCCAACCGAGAGGCAUAAUACAAUGUGAAAGAUGGAGCUGCGGAAAGGUUCGGUUCAAAGUCUUGGGAAGGGUGGGACAAGUCAGUCGGUUUGAUUUUGGAGAAACUUAUCUGUUUGUAGGAACCUGAACAAGUUUUACGCUUCAGAAAAAAAUCCCUUUGAGUCUGUAUCUUGUAUUUCUCCCAAGUGACUUUGCUAACGCGUUGGUGCCCUUUUAGAGAACUUGUUGCAAAUAAUUUUCAGUCAAACCCCAGCUUUCUCGUUGAGCCAGAAUGAGCUCCAGUGAGGAUCAAUCCCUCUUCGAUAACCCCUUCAACUUAUCGACACAUGUUGGAAAAAAAUUGUGAAGCGCUUUGUGCAAACAGUGCAGCUGCUCUGGCGCUGGGACUAAAUGGCCAAGAUGGAUGUGUUUUUGCAGAGGAGGCCGCGCACACACGCAGGACCAAAGCAGCAGGGGUGGCAGCGCUCUGUCAGACGGGGCUAUCUGGAGGUUUAUGGCUCGCAGGUUUUUAGACUCGGUGCUGCCUUCGCUUGCCCUUUGGGUCUAAUGGACACUGAUGGAAAAUGACUCCAGUGUUCCAGCGAUCCAUCAGACGCGCGCUCUCUCUCCAUCUCUGCGCUCAUCCGUCAGGCCGCAGCUUUCAAACAGAGGAGGAACUUUGCGGGCGCUUUACAUGUGCGGCUGCGAAAUAAACCGCCUCCAGUCAAACAUAUGGCCUCGGAGGCGAUUAAUAACAAAACUCACAAACAAUCUGAGCACUUUCCGCUUUUUUUCCCUCUGCUAAACUAAAACAUUUUAUCUCAGUUUAUCUGUUUGCGCCUAAAAAAAAAUCUUAAUUCAUGUCGUGCCAAGAAGGUCAGGCAGCUUUUUCAUAUUUCAAAAAUAUUAAAGUGUUUAUAUGAGUUGAGGCUUUCCUCCAUACAUCCCACUGCUCACUGGGGAAGCAGUGAGUCAGCCAGCAUUGAGUCCCCAGAGGGAGCGCGGCACGGCACGGCACGGCACGGCUACAGGCCCCGCCCACGCAGGAAGAAAACGCGAGCUGGAGAGAGAGAGAGGGAGAGAGAGAGAGAGGCGGGGGGUAACUUAGACCGAAUCAGGGUGCCGGUGAGUGUUGUUGCCGCCAUAGGUGGAUGACUUGCAGGGGGGCAUGUUCGGAUUAGAGCUGUGAUGAUCGACGGCUCCCUGGCUGCGCCGGUCAGCGUGACGCACAGAGAGUGUAGGCGCACCGUGGCUGGAGUCACGUUGGGAUUAGAGCCAGUGACAGCGGAGGGAUCACCAAGUUGAGAUGCUGUAAGAGCUUGUGGUGAGCGUGAGUGUGCGUGCGCGUGUGAAGGAGCGAGGAGGAUGCGUCCGUCUCGCAGUUGUUGUAACGUGAUAAGUUUGGACUGAACGUAACGGAAGGGCGCGCGUUCGUCCGUCUGGGAUGUAUUUCUUUGAAAUGCAAUAAGAGAAGAGGUCAAGUGGACGCAGUUUUAGGCUAAGGAGCGAUUCGCGGUGUGAGAGGAGAGGAACAAAGCGUGCGCCAGGCUGACUGCCCAACACAAAUCUGGGUAAACAAAUAUGACGGCCGAUUUUGACAUUGUCGUAUAUCUGCAGACGAGCAACAGCACCGCCGACAGAAUUACAAACCUCGGGUGAAUUCUGGAGUCUAACUGUGAUUUUAUUUGGAGAAAAAGGCGGGGGGGUCUAAUCCUGGUGGCGCAUCUAUCUCUCCGGCUGCGCGUAAUGGGAGAAAAGUUUCGGACCUUGCAGAGGAGACGCACUCGCAGCAUCCAGCCGACGACGCGCUUGUAAAUAACAUGUGCACCCUGCUUUUCCGUCCGCGGCAGACGAAGUUUGAAAGUGAAUUUCAGCCAUUCAGUAUGACUUGAAACAGCCUUGGGGGUGGCUGUCGGAACUCGCAUCAAGCCAGUUAACGAUCCAUGAACCGCCGACCCGAUUUGUCCAAAGACGCGCAGACGGACAUUAAUGAUCUAGAGAGGAUUUCUGCAGCAGCAGCAGCAGCAGCAGCAACGCAGUGAAAGCCUGAUCCCAGCGUGAGAGACAGAGAGAGAGAGAGAUUCCACCUGGAUGUCUAUGAUGUUGUGCCAGCUCGGGCAGAGGUGUGUGAUGGAGGUGGUGGUGCUGACAGUCCUGUCCUGGGUGUCCGUGUGGGCAGAGGAGAAGAUCAUAUUUGACAGACACGCUGUCUACUGGAACAGCUCCAACCCCAAGUUCUGGCACGGAGAGUACAGGGUGGCAGUGAACAUUAAUGACUAUCUGGACAUCUACUGUCCUUACUAUGAGGGUCCCCCGUCCCAUGGACGCAUGGAGCGCUACAUCCUGUUCAUGGUCAACCACGAGGGCUACACUUCCUGCCAGCACAGGAUGCGUGGCUUUAAGCGCUGGGAGUGCAACCGUCCCAGCGGUCCUGACGGACCCCUGCGCUUCUCAGAGAAGUUCCAGCUCUUCACCCCCUUCUCCCUGGGCUUCGAGUUCAGGCCUGGACACGAGUACUACUACAUCUCGUCUCCUCACCCAAAUCAUGUGGGUCGAGCAUGUCUAAAGCUGAAGGUGUAUGUCAGACCUCCAGAUGGGUCGGGAUAUGAUUCUCCGGAGCCCUUCCUGACUGAUGGAGGUCCGAGCUGGAGGCCAGGGUCCACGGCCCCGUUAGCUGCUUUGGCCUCACUGCUCCUGGGAUUCCUCUCCAGGCUGUGACCCCUCUCCGUCUCGUCCUCCUGGAGCUCCCGCCCAAGGUUGCUGGGCUGGGCUGGCUGUCCCUAUAAGUCCACCACCCCUCAGGGAAGCCCUCUGUCUCCGUCCUCCCCUCUUCCAACCUCCACCUCUAUACAAGCACCAACCACCCCCCACUGCCAGCCCAUUCCAUGGCCCAGCCAAGGACACCCUUCCCAGGCCUGGCUGAGAGGGUUGGGUCUUGGGAAAACUGCCCUUCAUCUCUGAUCCCCAAACUCUGGGUGGAACAGCACCUCUCAGCUGAAAAACACAAGGGAAAUGUCUCUGCACUCAUAUCAGGAGGUCCCUUUGAUUUGACUAUUGACUCGUGGCCACUGAUGGGGUAGAUGUAGCCAUGGCUAUGAUUAAACUUGUCGUUCCAGUGCAAUUCCUAUCAUCCAAUCACGGCAGGAUACAUUAAGCGAUAGGCCUGGAUGCACAAAAAUUGGAUUUUUCUCACAUUGCUGUCCCAUCGUCAAACCAAGAAUUGGAAGUGGCCAAGCUUGCAUUGUAAUUGAAAUUCUAUACUACCUGGACCCAUUCCAAGUGCAACGAGAAAAAGAGCAAAUGUACAGAGAUGGGGAGCAGAAAAGUGACCCAGUCUGUGCAGAAAGGGGAAAACAAUGCAGGCACAGUUUUAAAUGAAUAUGGCCAUAUGGGAAAUGUAAUAUUAUAUGUGUUGAUAUUUUCAGACCCGGUCUUGAUUCACAGCAACGUGAUAUAAAAAUCAUACAGUUUGAUUUUUUAUGAGCCGCUCAGAUAUCACAUUAUCAUGACAAAUAUAAUCAUAGCCUGUUUCAGCGGGAGGGUGUGUGUGUGGGUGUGUGUGUGUGUGUGUGUGUGUGUGUGUGUGUGUGUGUGUGUGGAGGGAGUUCUGGGUGGGCUCGGUGAGGUGUAUAUUUUCAGGUGGGAUGUGUUUUGUCUUCUCCGUGUUUCUAAACAAAGCAUUUAUCACAGCCUGUCCAGCACAGGCGUCUUCAGCACUGUCUAAUGUCAGUUGGGUCGGGUGACUUUUGGAACCAUGACUUUCUCAUGUAUGAAUGUACCACUGGUCACCCACCUCCGUGUCGUUCUGUAUUAUCAUGACUGUGGUCACUUACAGUACCUUCUCUCGGACUGGCGGGAUGAACGGGUCGGGGAUUUUUUUUGGCGGGAUGGUGAGGGGGCGGGCAGGAGGCGGGUGAAGUAAGGAUGAACGGAAGGCAGGUGAGAAAAGGAGGCGACACUCAAGUUGCAUGACCACUGUGAAAACUUCAGAUCAAUCUCGUUUGUAAUGAUGAUAUAUUUUUUCAUGGGGAAAAUCAGUAACACCCCGCUAUCGCUCUCUUGCUCUCCCUGAGACUUUUUACCGACAUCAAAAGGAAAAUUUAACCUCUCUCCUCACACGGUUUCUCCUGUCUGGCUUUCAGUCGUUGAUGGAUUAGCUUGGGCCGCGAGAUAAAUGGACCCACAGGGUGAAACUGACUGGAAAUCAGCCCUCAGAGCCCAGGCCGGAUCACAAUGGACAUAAACACUAACUGAAGCUGGUCCUGGGUCUGAGGGUUAAACCAAUAAGGGAAGCGCAUAGACUGUGGCAAAUGAGGCGAGGUGUGUGUGUGUGUGUGUGGUAGCAUCACAAAAACACACAUGCGCAUGCACACACACACACACACGCACACACACACACAAAGUCUUUGAUAACAGGACUGUUCCUCUGAGCAUUCAUGGACAUGACUAUAAAAGGAACAGCACAAAGAAGAGAGAGGAGGGAGGGGGAGGGAGAGAAAGUGUGUGUGUGCAUCAUGGGACUGAGACUUCUUUAAUGUUGGGAAGUGAACAUAAUGAGUAAGCACUGUGAACACACACAUGCAUACACACAUGACGACCCAUGUACAGACACGCACACACACACACACAAGCGCAGACACAUGUAGAAAAGCAAAUGCAGAUCUAGACAUUUACAAAGACAUGGCAUGCAUAUACACACAUGUACAGACACACACACACACACACACACACAAGAAAACACAAACAAAGGGAAGCACUUCAUUCCCUGUUUCAUCUUAUUUUUGUAGCAUUUAAAAUCACUGUUAAUUACUCCUGUGUGGGAUGCAGUGAUGGGGUAUAGCCUGUGGAAGAUUAAAAAAAAAAGUGUUUUCUCUUCUUCUAUUCCACUGAUGCUGUCCUUCUAUCGUUCUUCUUCUCUGGUUUGUGAUCCAUGGUUGGUAGUGGUAGGAUGCCUCCAGGUCUGAGCGUCAUGUAUGAGUUUGUCUCCUUUUCUGUUUGUGGUGUUUUUGUGGAAGCUGACCUCAGUCAUUUAAAGUCAGUCGUUCAAAAGUAAACACAGAAGUCAGAGCAAGGAGAGAAACACACAAAUAAAGAUUGUCUUUUUGUCUACUCGAAAAACAAGCCAAGUGAGUGGAAUUUCUUCAGUGGAAAUGAGAAUUAAUUUUCAUUUCAUCCCCCCCUUCCCCAAAUGGCAGAUGAUUGUAUUCAUGUAUAAGGCUGCACCUGGGUCUUUAUUUUGCCCGGCCUAUCUUCCUCUGACGUCAGACUAUCGGGAUGGUGAACAUUGAGCUCUGCCAGUCAAAGCAUGAAAUUAUUCAGAUGAAAUCAACCUCUCCAAUCUUCAGCUGUUUCUCCCUCAGCGAUGUGACAGCUAAUCUGAACUGCUGACAACACGGACGAUGAAUAGCUUGAUGGCCUCUCCUCGCUUAUUUCCAUCAGAUUUCCAGCAGGGUGGCCCACCAGCGACGCAAAGUA